ACUUGACACCUUUACGUACUCGUACAUUUCGGUAUAAGAUUGGAUUUUUAUCGUGGAAAAUAUGCGAAUGUGAAAUGUAGUCGUGUGAUUAAUACGUAACAAUCGUUUUACGGUCAUUCAUCGUAAAACGUAAAAAUUUCUAGUGUUAUGAGCGUGCUAUUCGUAAUGUAUUAUUUAUAGUCGAGAUAAUCAAUGAGAGAAUGAGUGAAAGUGAUUUUUUUUCGGUUUGAGGUUAUGGUCUAAAAAUAUUUAUCUUCGCAGUUGAUGAAAGUUUGGGAGUCAUUUGGGUGUGAAAAUGAGUUGGCUGAGGAGUAGUCCGUUGAGGAAUAGCUUUGGAAAGCAGUGGUCCAGAGAUUCACCUCCCAAAGAUGCUGAUCCCACUGCUUGCUACGAUAGUUUCUGUAAACACUGGCAGCAAACGCAUGAGAUCAUCAGACAGGCCAAGUCAAAUAAGGGAGUACCACUCCACGACGACAUCCUUGCAGUUGUCAACCAUAUUGACCAAAUGGUGACACUCUUAUUACUGGAAUUCAGGAACAGCGUUGGGCUCAAUCACCAGCAGCAAAUGACCAAUGGCCCCUCACAUUCCCCCUGCCUGGAGUAUUUACUGAGUGAAAAUCUUUUGGACGAUCUUUCCGACUGGAGUUUAACUGCAGGAAGAUACACCAACACAAUUCGUCUGGAACAGAUGAAGCUUUUUGAGAUCCUGGUAUCGUUCAAUGGUUCUCUUCUUGCUCACGAGCCAGUGGCCAGACCGCUCCUAAAACUCCUAGAAGCUUGCGCCCAUGAUAUUUUACCCCUUGACGUUGAGAAGAAACUAAUAGUUUUAUUGAAUGGACUUUGCGUCGCACUAAUGCAAAAUCUAGCACUCCUCGAUGUGUUCUUUCAUCCCAACGCAUCUGGCGAACGAAAAUUCAUAAUAUUUUCACUGCUGAUGCCACAUAUUCACCGAGAGGGUACAGUUGGACAACAGGCAAGGGAUGCUAUGCUCCUGUGCAUGGCUUUAUCUAAAAGAAAUAAUGACAUUGGUGUUUACAUUUCUGAACACUCUAAUGUUUGUCCAGUUCUUGCCACUGGAAUCAGUGGACUUUAUUCUGUCCUUCCAAGGAAAUUAGACAUUGAAACUGAAGAUUGGCAUCGCUUAACACCAGACGAUGUAAAUGAUAUUCCAGCGUUGGAUCAUUUGAUGCAUUCCUUCGAAUUUUGCAAUGCUGUUGCACAAAUUGCUCAUCCACUGGUGCAAAAUCAACUUCUGGAGUAUCUUUAUCAGGGAUUUUUGGUGCCUGUCAUGGGGCCUGCUUUACUGCAACCUUCUUUGGAUGAUUUGGUAUCGGCAACUGCAUAUUUCGAUCUUUUUUUGAGAUCUGUAACGGAUCCUGGACUGUUGCAGACACUAAUCAAGUUUCUGCUGGCGGAGAAUUAUGAUGAGUGCAGAAUUCUUGACAGUUUGAUCCAAAGGAUAUCAUCAAGAUCGCGAUUAUGUAUCGUCACAUUAGCUCUGUUCGAGACCCUAGUGGAUCUAAAUAUCGAAGACAUAAUGCUGGAGCUCUGUUUCUCUUCCUUGACACCCUGUUCCCACGUGAUGCUUUCCCAACGUCGCCGAAUGCGUGACUUAGACUCCUACGGAUCGACUGCCAAGAAAUUUCUCUCCUUGCGGCCCAGUUGUUGUCUCUCCUGGAGUAAUGCAGUGUUGCAAUCAAACUCAAAAUGCAUUAACAAAAUCGACAACAAGCAGACAGCAAAUUCGCCAAACUGGUUAAUGAACUAUGGCUCGAGAGUUGGAGAGAGUCUUUAUGGGAAUUAUCACGCGUAUUUGUUCGAUGCAAGACAAAAAAUUGUGUCCUGCCAGAUUGGCUGCUCUUACUGGUCUUCACAGUACAAUGGCAUCACCCUGGGCGAGGACAACGACAGUGACAGUCUAUCUGGAUCGAAUACCAAUGACUCGAGUCAAUUAUCUUCUGCCCGCAACUCGACAGAGCGCGAUUUGAGCAUUAAAUUUCAGACUUUACCACGAGGAGAAAUUCUCGAUAAUAUUAAGAGUCUUUUGGCGGAUGAAGAAGACACAAUUGCCGAAAGUCUCGUUGAAGACGCUGAUAUGAAUGAAAUCAAUGAAAAUAUAAGUCACUUCGUGGGAAAUGUUGACAAGGACCGAUUAAAUGCUGAUAUUGAUGCUCUGCUCAAUGAAGAAAUUGAAAUAUCGCAGAUUUACGAAGAGAGUUUGAAGAAAAAUGGAGAAUCUAAUAACCCCAUGGAAUCAAUGUUUUCUCUUGGUGAUAGUAGCGGAUAUGAAAGUCUUGCCAUGAAAAGUUCAGCCGAUUUUACAUCUACCAAUGAAUUUGAGACCGAAAAAUGUAGAAAAAAAGAUGAAAAUGAUAAUGGGAAUGGAAAUGACGAUGGUAAUAUUAAUGGAAGGGAAUCGAUUGAGGUCAAUGUGAUGAUAAAAAAUGAAGGGAAGAGGACGGAGCGUGUGAUGAAUGGCAAACCAAGUGUUGGAAUAUUUUUGGAUGUGAUACUGAGGAAACUCGAGUGCUUGACUAGCAAUAAUCUUUAUGUCAAUUUACAUUUGACUGGCCUUAUCAGUAGAUUGGCGGUAUAUCGUCAACCCUUGCUGCAGUCGUUCCUUCUGAAUCCUUCUUUGGUCUUCCAACCAAGUAUUAGAUCAUUGUUUCAGAUCUUGGCAUCAUUAAAAAACAAAAUAGAUCAGUAUUUAUCAAAAGUGGAGAAUGUUGAUAAUUUAGUAGAACAGGCCCGUGCAUUUCUCAUUGCCAGAGAAUACAGGCUAGUUAAUACAAGGCGGAAUGCUCUAAAAACAACUCAAAGUGUCAAAAAAGAACCAGAAAAAAGUCCUGCGGAGGUGUUUUCCAGAAACGAGCCAAAAAGACGAAGCUUAACAUCUUCAUUGACACAAAUAUUUAAAUGGCCUGGUAUCAGUGCCCUACCAAGUCCACCAGCGCACAAUAGAACUGAUGAACAGUUAGAAAUGACCAGCGAUGGUGCCAGCAAUCGAGCGGAAUUAUUAUCUUCUUUACACAAGAUAACUCCCACUCAACAUGUUGUACUUUGCGCUGUGCUCAUGGACGAAUGGCUGAAGGAACUAGCUGCUAUAGUACAAGAGCAUGUAAUUUUAUCACUCACUGACAGUAUAGAAUUUUGAGAGUUUUUACUUGACGAUUUUGUUAAUGUUUUUCCUACAACGACAAUCGCAGUGAAGAGUAUUAUAUCCCGUAAUCAUGAAAGUAAAAUGGGAAAAGUGUAAAUAAGAAUAAUGUAUUAGUAAAGCACCUCAGAGUGCUUUUGGUGAUUUUAGAAAAAAUUGAUUGAUGAUUUUUUUUGCUUGUUGACUAUUGUAUGAUUUUAUUUUAUUCGAGACUCUUCAAUGUACGGGGGAACUGUAUUGAGGAGAGUAGAUGAAUAAACGAAUUUACAAUGUUUUAA